UUGACAACGCGCAAGUCUGCCAACUGCGCCUGCGCGAACCGAAAAACCCUGGUGCCCUAACCUAGUUAUCAAUGUAAAUUUUAAAGAAAAAAAAACUCGAAGGGGGCUCAAGUGGAAUGUCCAAGGCGGCCAAACCCGUUCUGAGCUUGAAACACUUCAUUCUCAAACAAGAGGUUAAGAGUUUGUAUAGGAGGAUUUUCAGGGCUAUCAGGCAAGUUCCGGACGCCGGACACCGACAAGAACUGAAAGAAUGGGCACGACGUGAUUUUCGCACGAAUUCGCACCACACAGACGAAACCUCCAUAAAAAUGUACAUAAAGUACGGAGAAAGGUGCCUGCGAGAGUUAGAAAACACGAUAAAUCUAUCCAAAUAGUGUUACUCGUUGUCGUUUUUUAAAUAAAACACGAUUCGAAAACUA